UGUCUUUCGAAAUUGACAAUAGAGUCAAUUGACAUAAUAUGCUUGUCACUUGUCAGUAAAUUUUCAGAAAAGUGUACCUACCUAGGUUUAGCUGAAAAAUUUAUAUUGUUUAUUGUACAUUUUACAUAUUGUUUUAUACGCAAAAAAUGGAAUUAAUUGAUAAUGAUAUUCGCCAAUGGGAUGCGAAUGAUAUAAAGGAGCAAUUUGGAGACAACCUGAUGCUAUUGCCUUCUAAUGACAACAUAAAGGAACUACAGACCAUACUUCGAGACAAGAACACAACUCGAAGUGAUUUCAAGUUCUAUGCAGAUCGUCUGAUUAGACUUGUUAUCGAAGAGAGUUUGAAUAAGUUGCCAUUCACUGAUUGUGAAGUUAUUACGCCAACAGGAGCUUUAUAUAAGGGCUUAAAAUAUGGAUCUGGAAAUUGUGGAGUAUCAAUUGUUAGAUCUGGAGAGGCUAUGGAGCAGGGCUUGCGAGAUUGUUGCCGAUCUAUACGCAUAGGUAAAAUUCUAGUAGAGAGUGACAAUGACACACACGAAGCACAUGUUGUAUAUGCAAAGUUCCCUGAGGAUAUUGCUCGAAGACAGGUACUAUUGAUGUAUCCUAUUAUGUCCACCGGCAACACUGUCAAACAGGCAGUGAAUGUUCUUACACAGCAUGGCGUGAAAGAAGAACGUAUAAUACUCUCCAAUCUCUUUUGCACCCCUGCAGCAGCUCAGGCCGUCGUUGACUAUGUACCGAAGAUGAAAAUACUUACGUCAGAACUCCAUCCCGUAGCUCCAAACCACUUUGGACAGAAAUAUUUUGGAACAGACUGAUAUGAGGGUGACUUUGAGAUGUGACAUCUCUUACAAAUAAAUAUUUAUUUGACCUGCGCUCUUAGAAAUGCAUGAACUUACAGUUUAACUUUACAAACAAUAGUUCUUAAUAUUCAUAUGUUAAUAAGAGAUGUAUUAUAAUUUAUUACAGCAAACUUUCAGUUUAUGUAUAAAAACUUUUUCAAUUGUGAUUUAGGCUUUAUUCAGUGUUUUUACACAAAAUAAAUUUAUUUUAUAAAAAAAUGGUAUGGUAAGACUUAUUAAUCUGUACAAUUAUAUUAAAGCAUAGUUUAAGGAACAUACUUUAUA